AAUCCUUUCCUUUCUCGAACAGCCGGCCAUUUCUCCUCUCGUUCUCCUAGUUUUUCUGUACACAACUUCAGACCCUGAAAGCCUCCAAAGAAGGGGGAUGGUGAAAAUGAUGAGGGAGAAAAUCAAGAUCAAGAAGAUUGACUACCUGCCAGCAAGGCAGGUGACAUUCUCAAAGAGGAGAAGAGGGAUCUUCAAGAAAGCUGCAGAGCUAUCUGUUCUGUGUGAAUCUGAGGUGGCAGUUGUCAUCUUUUCUGCUACUGGCAAGCUUUUUGAUUAUUCAAGCUCAAGUAUCAAGGAUGUUAUUGAAAGGUACAAAGCGCGCACAAAUGGUGUCGAAAAAUCGGAUGAACAGUCUCUUGAGCUGCAGCUGGAGAAUGAAAACCGCAUCAAACUCAGUACGGAACUCGAGGUGAAGAACCGCCAGCUGAGGCGGAUGAAAGGUGAGGAUCUUGAAGAGCUGGAUCUGGAUGAGUUGCUGAAGUUGGAACAACUGGUGGAAGCAACCCUUGUCCGUGUGAUGGAAACUAAGGAAGAACUGAUUAUGAGUGAUAUUGUGGCACUUGAGAAAAAGGGAACUGAGCUGGUAGAAGGCAACAAUCAGAUGGUGAUGUUAAGGGACAGGAUGGUGAUGUUAUCCAAAAGAAGUACCGGACCUGCGCUUAUGGAGCCAUCUGACUCUGCUACCUCCACCAGCUGCAACAGUGCUCUGAGUCUUUCUCUUGAAGAUGAAUGCUCCGACGACGCCAUUUUAUCUCUCAAACUGGGGCGUUCCUAAUUUCCUUGGUUAAGAAGUGAAGAAAGAUGAAAGUUUACUCUCCUUAUAGCUAAAUAAAGAAAGUUGUGGUAUUGUGAGAUAUCGGUGCUUGUGUGUUUUAAUUUGAUACCAGAUUGAAAAAUAUUGAAGGGAGAGUAACUUUGUGAUGUAUCAAAACAUGUGUAUUACAUGCAACCUGUGACAUAUUGCUCUGACUUUGUAUUGUAUUUAGAACUCUGUAUCAGUGCAGCCUGCAUGGAGACACUUGUUAA